AUGGUGCUGGAACUGGAUGAACUUGCCAGUGGCAUAGCGAGGAGAGGUGCCUCGGGUGCCUCUGGUGGCCCCAGUGCACCAGUUGCUUCAGCUGCAGGCAGCUCACCGGUGGCAGAGAAGAAGGAGAAGGAGAAGAAGGAGAAAGUCGCUAAAGAAAAACCUACAUGGGGUGAGCCUGGAAAGGGAAAAGAAAAAAAAGAGAAAGCAAAAACCAAAGUUGUAGAGGAGGAGAUCGUGCAAACUCCUCAUGGUGAAAAGAAGGACAUGACUCGAGCAAUGGCACAAGCUUACAAUCCAAAGGCUGUUGAAUCAGCAUGGGAUGCAUGGUGGGAGAAGAGAUCUUUCUUUACACCAGAUGCUAAGGCUGUCCAAGGCAGUUGCGAGUCAAAGAGGUUUGUGAUGGUGAUUCCUCCACCCAACGUGACCGGGAAGCUGCAUUUGGGACACACCUUGACAGGCGCCAUCGAAGAUGCUCUUACACGAUGGCACCGCAUGUGCGGCAAUGCCACUCUUUGGCUGCCAGGUGUUGACCAUGCCGGCAUUGCCACUCAGAGUGUUGUGGAGCGCCGUUUACUCAAAGAAGAGAAAUUGACUCGCCAUGAUUUGGGUCGAGAGGCUUUCCUGAAGCGUGUUUGGGAGUGGAAAGAGAUGAAUGCAGGCCACAUCAAAAAGCAGUUGCAACGAAUAGCAGCAUCAGUGGACUGGACCCGUGAGCGUUUCACCAUGGAUGAUCGUUGCGCGAGGGCUGUAGAGGAGGCAUUUAUCCGAUUUCAUGAUCAGGGCCUUAUCUACAGAGACAAUCGCUUGGUGAAUUGGUGCCCAUACUUGAGAACUGCAUUGUCGGAUCUUGAAGUGGAUCAUGAAGACAUUGCUGGUAAGACUUUGGUGAGCAUUCCAGGCUUUGAUGACAAGGUAGAGGUUGGCGUGCUUUGCGAGUUCAAGUACAUGAUCAAGGGAACCAAAGAUGCCUUGACUGUAGCAACUACACGAUUGGAAACCAUGCUGGGUGAUACAGCCGUGGCGGUUCAUCCAGAGGAUGAAAGAUACAAAGCCUUCCACGGCAAGGAGAUUGAACAUCCAUUCUUCCCUGACCGGAAGAUGGUGGUGAUUGCAGACACCAUGGUUGACAAGGAGUUUGGCACGGGCUGUGUGAAGAUCACCCCGGCCCAUGAUCACAACGACUUUAAAUGUGGUGUGCGACACGGCUUGAAGCAGAUCAACGUCUUCUCAGAAGAUGGCAAUAUCAACGAGCUUGGUGGAGAAUUCAAAGGCCAGCAUCGCUUCAAGGCACGAACUACUGUGGAGGAAGCACUGAAGAAGAUCCUUGGCUGCAACUAUGUGAAGGCUGUGAGGAAUGGUGAGUUGAAGAUUCUUCCAGAAUUCCAUCAUCAGACUUGGUACCAUUGGCUAGAGAAUAUUCAGGAGUGGUGCAUCUCACGCCAGCUUUGGUGGGGUCAUCGCAUCCCGGCUUACAAGGUGGUGAAACCAGAGCAAAAGGAAGAGAAGUGGUAUACCGGCAGAUCAAAAGAGGAGGCUGCAGCAAAGGCUGCCAAAGACUUGGGACAGAAGGUGGAAGUAGAGCAGGAUGAAGACGUUUUGGAUACCUGGUUUUCCUCCGGUCUUUUCCCUUUCAGUGUCUUUGGAUGGCCAGACACUGAGAACAACGAUGACUUCAAGGCCUUUUUCCCUACUUCGUUGUUGGAAACAGGCCACGACAUUUUGUUCUUUUGGGUAGCACGCAUGGUGAUGAUGUCCCUGGGCCUGACGGGAAAGCUCCCGUUCCACACCGUCUACUUGCAUGCCAUGGUGCGGGAUGCCCACGGCCGGAAGAUGUCGAAGAGCUUGGGCAACGUGAUCGACCCCUUGGAGGUGAUCGAUGGCAUCGACCUGGAAAACCUCCACAAGAAGCUCUAUGAAGGGAACCUCCCUGACAAGGAGAUUGAGAAAGCCAAGAAAGGUCAAGCGCAAGACUAUCCUGAUGGGAUCCCUGAGUGUGGUGCAGAUGCCUUGCGCUUCGGCUUGUUGGCUUAUACCCUUCAAGGAAGGAACGUGAAUCUCGACAUUAACCGCGUGGUCGGCUACAGACAAUUCUGCAACAAAGUUUGGCAAGCCACAAGGUUUGGCCUGCUUUAUUUUGGAGAUGACUUCACCUUUCCAGGUGCUUUGCGUCCAGAUCUUCCUUUGGCAUGGGAGGACAGGUGGAUCAUUUCAAGACUCUCCUUUUGCGCGCAGAAGACCAAUGAAAGCAUGGAGAAGUACGAGUUUGCCAAUGCCACAACGGCCACAUACAGCUUCUUCCUCUAUGAGCUCUGUGAUGUGUACCUGGAGCUGUUGAAGCCCCGUUUCCAUGGUGAGACCACAGAUGAGAAUGUCCUUAAAGAUCGGGAUGUGGCUCGACAAGUCUUGUACAUUUGCCUUGACUGGUCGAUGAGAUUGAUGCACCCAUUGCUUCCAUACCUUACUGAGGAGCUCUAUCAACGGCUGCCUCCCUCUCCCACCAAAUGUGAGAGCAUCACCAUUGCUCCCUUCCCUGUGGGUGUGCAUGCUUGGAGGAAUGAAGCCUUAGAGAAGGAAAUGGAAGUCACCAGUGAGAUUGCGAAGCAGUUCCGCUCUCAAAAGACCUCCCUCGGCUUCAAUCCAGGUGCCCGGCCUGAAGCCUAUAUCAGGCAUACGGAGGAGGACUCCCGGGUGCAGAUCGAGAAGUUGAAGAGUCAGAUCUCUCGCAUGGCUGCAGUAGGAGCGAUUCAAGUCCUCAAAGCUGGUGCAGCUGAUCCACACGGCACUAUGCGGGAUGUGGUGAAUGAGAAGUGCCAGAUCUACACCAAAGUGGAGGGUUUAGACUUGUCUGGUGAGAAGGCAAAGCUUCAGAAAAAGGUGACCUCUGCUCAAAAGAUGGUGGAGUCCUACAAGCAGAAGAUGUCUGUGGAGGGAUACGAGGAAAAGGUGCCGGCCAACGUGCGGGAGCAGAACAGUCAGAAGAUGCAGGCUUCCCAGAAAGAACUGGAGGAGCUCCAGAGGGCUUUGCAGAGUUGCGGCGCCAGCUCAACCAAAUACGAAGCUGGGCAUCCGAGAGCAGUGAAUCCACAGCUGAUGCUGUGA